AUGGUGAUGAGUACCGCGAUGAGCAGUGAGGGCGACGCGGUGAAGGUGGAGGGGGGACACGUGUCUGUCACCACUAUCAGCAUGUCGGGUCCUGAAACUAGUAACGGUCAGUUCUCGUACAGUUCGAGCGGGGUGCGCAUCAGUGUGUCUUCAGUGCCUCAUGAUGAAGACUCCACUGAUGCCGAGAUCUCUAAGAUCGACUUCACACAACAUCAAUACGAGGUUAACAUGCGUAACAAGAAGAAGCGUUCAUUGAGUGGUGCUCCCGAAGUGUCCAGCAAUGAACGGGAACGACCAAUGUCCUGGGAGGGAGAGCUCUCUGACUCGGAGAUGGUCAUAGACACCGGUGGUAACAAUGACGAAAAUAGCAGUUCUCUAGACCUCCAAUCGUCGAGGGAUUCAAUCGACACCCUUCGCAACGUGAGCAUAAAGACAGAACCUGUAAAGACUGAGGGCUUCCAGGGCGUGGAUGAGCAGCGGGUCCUGGAUCUGAAGUACAGCGCCCCGCUGCAGCCACACCAGCGGAGUCUUAGUAUGAAUAGGAUAUCAGUGCUCACAGAUGGCACGUCCCUCUCUCUUGCAAGACGGCCCUCCUCUCCUACCAGUAGUGCCAAAUCCCUUGCAUUAAGUGACCAGGGUUCAACACAUAUGACACACACCGGACUCGAUCAAGUACAGAACCUAACCAUCAAGAAGGAAACGCAGUUAUCAGAAUUAAAAUGCGAGCAGUCAGUGGGUAUGGACAAGUUGAUAGGUGCGCUGCACGGCUCGCCACUGCUCGGCCGACUGCCGCGCGUACAGUCCAGUGCCAGCACGGACUCCGCUGUACACUCCAUGUAUACACACAGCGUAUACAGCAGUCCGUCAGCGAGUCCCCGCGCGUCCCGCCACUACACGCCGUCCCUGUCCCGCAACAACAGCGACGCGUCCCACUCGUCCUGCUACUCAUACAGCUCCGAGUUCUCGCCCACACACUCGCCAGUGCAGGGUCGUCACCCGCACGUAAUGUACCGAGAAGCGGCGGCGGCAUACGACGGUACACACGAGGACGAGCCGGACGCCCCUGAGGACAGGCUGCAUCAUCAUCAGGGUAUUAGCAGACAACAGCUUAUCAACAGUCCAUGCCCAAUCUGCGGAGACAAGAUCAGCGGCUUCCACUACGGCAUAUUCUCGUGUGAAUCCUGCAAGGGUUUCUUCAAGCGAACGGUUCAGAACCGCAAGAACUACAUGUGUCUCCGAGGUGGGAACUGUCCUGUCACCGUCACUACUAGGAAGAAGUGUCCAGCUUGCAGAUUUGAUAAAUGUUUGGGUUGUGGCAUGAAGCUUGAAGCAAUCCGCGAGGACCGCACCCGCGGCGGACGCUCGACGUACCAGUGCUCGUACUCGCUGUCGGGCGCGGCCAGCACGGGCUCGCUACUGUCCGCGCAUGCGCCCACCACGCUACGACACGCCUCCAGUCUUACUAGCGUUAACGGCCCCGGCUCGUACAGCAGCCGAGGUGAGUCCAGCAACAGCCAAGUGACGCCAGAUAUACCGCCGUUAUUGCAGGAAAUAAUGGACGUGGAACAUCUGUGGCAAUAUAACGAGUCUGAGCUGAGUAGACUGGGCAAAUCCACGGGAGGGAGUCCCUCAGCCAACCCUCUAUUGGCGGCCAGCGGGAUCACGGCGCAUAACUCCAGCCCCGACUUCCUGGCCGACCUCUGUAACAUCGCCGACCAUCGACUCUACAAGAUCGUCAAAUGGUGCAAGAGUUUGCCGCUUUUUAAGAAUAUUUCGAUUGACGACCAAAUCUGCCUGCUAAUAAACAGUUGGUGCGAGUUGUUGGUCCUGUCGUGUUGUUACCGCGGCGUCAGUACGCCCGGGGAGGUGCGCGUAGGAGGAGGACGGGGGAUCACGCUGCAUCAGAGUGCCAAGUUGGGUCUGACGCCUUGCAUCGAACGCAUGCUGAGUUUCACCGACCACCUGAGACGGCUGCGAGUAGACCGAUACGAGUAUGUGGCGCUCAAAGUUAUCGUACUACUCACUUCAGACGCUCCAGAUUUGCGUGAAGUGGAGAAGGUCCGGGCUUCCCAGGAGAAGGCGCUGGCCGCGUUACAAGCAUACAUAGCAACUCACUCGCCCGGCACGCCCGCCAAGUUCGGAGAGUUACUCCUACGUAUACCUGAACUACAGAGGACUUGCCAGUUCUUCAUGCAAGUCGGUAAAGAAAUGCUGAACCCGGCCAAUAAAAGCAAAGACGGUGAUGGACCAAGCUUCAACUUGCUCAUGGAACUGCUGCGCGGCGACCACUGA